AUGCCCUGUUUAAACAUGGUUUGGCCAACAGAUUUCUCGCCGUCGAACCAAAUAACACGGCGCGGACAUGGUGAACGGAAGCCGCGAAAUGACAAGUACAAACCUGACCUGGGAAGUUUGGGCGAAAUCUUUGAUCCUGUGUAUCAGUCCGUGAAUGAUGUCGACACACGUUUUCCGAUCGGUGGAACGAUGGCUUCUUUGUUCGUAUCCAUUGUUUACCGCAUGGCCGCCAUGUCGCUUCUCGUCUUCACUCUAUACCUUACACAUCAAUUCUUUUUCGGUCACCCAAACUACUCCGCCGAAACUCUUGGAAAAUUGAGCAUUUAUUUGACUGUUCUAACUCUCGUAUUCGAGCUGGUCUACUACUUGGUUGCAACACCGGUUCAGUUGUUAGAACUGAACACUGUACACGGAGUCCUGCACUGUGCCACGCUUACUUUUUCCAUGCUUGUCUUUUUGCUGUUCUGGAGCAUCUUUCUGUACGACAGUAAAUUGUUGGUUCCUGAAGGCGAUAUGGGAAAAUUUCCGGCAUGGUACAUGCAUCUGUCGCACUCAGCCGGAGUUCUUAUGAACUUGAUCGAUGCUAUGCUUUGGAGACCAAACAGCCUUCGUUUUGUUCCAACUACAUUUCUGGUUACCUUUAUAGCCGGAGCUUAUACGUUCUACGCAGAACAUUUGAUCCGCACGCACAAAAUCUACCCCUACCCGAUGUUACAGUUUGCCACGGAAUAUGGGCGCCUUGGUAUUUAUGCGGCUUGUUGGGCUCUGCUGUUUUGCUGCCUGGUCGUUUCUUACCUAUUCGUGCGGCGUUUUCUUGUCGCCACAACUCGUCCUACUCGAAAGCAGAUAGCAAAGAAGCCGACUGCCGCAGGCGAGAAAGCUCAUCCGACGUCUGCUCCUGAAACAAGAAUUCAAGAUGCAAGCACAUUGGUUGAACGAACUGCCCUAUCGCUCUCUACUCGCUUCCGGCUGUGCACCUCUGGCGACUUACAGACCUCUGCUGCAGGACGUGCAGGGGUUUGUGUCGUCCUAAGUCAUGGGGCGGAAGAAUCCUUGCUUGACUGGAUACUGUUACUAGUCACCUCUGUGCAGUUUGUCUGGCAGCGUCUGCGAUGUAGCCUCACAAGCGGGAAGUUGAUCGUCGUCUAUGUGACUUGUGCAUGUAACGCUGACACUAUCAAAGAGAGUUUUCACGAUGCCUCGAAUAUCCUGUCGGGGUGGACUGAAAGCACAUACAUCGUUGUGGUUGUCGGAGAUCUGAAUGCACAAGUGGGCAGGCUUAACGUAUCUGAGACUGAAUUAAGUGGUGGACAUGGAUUGGACUUGGCGCGUACGAACAAUG